GUUUCAUGUUUCACUCUAAGGUUGAUGCCAUGGAGUCACUAGAGGAACUGCGACAUCCUGGGAGGGUUUUGCACAUCCAUGAGAAGCUGUCAUCUCCCUCAAGAAAACGCUCCUUGUCCGAAAAAAUGAGGCGUCAUGAGGAGAAGUUGGCCAAAGCUCAAGAAUUACGAGAGAAGCUCAUUCAGGCAAAAACUGACAAGCUUAAAGAUUUAUUCAAGAAGAUUGAAGAAGUCCGUCAAGAUAAGGAACUGCUUCUGGGUGAGAAGAGAGAUCUGUUCCAACGAAAGAUGAAAAGAGCCGAAGAGAAAAGACGACAGCAUUUGCAGGAGAUCAUAAACAAGGCUCAUGAUGAGGAAAAUAAAGCAAAGGAGAUUGCUUUCAUUAAUGGGCUAGAAGCUAAGAAUAAGUUGCAUGACAUUAUGCAACAACAUCAGAGCCAUGAAUCUCGUUUGGCUGACAUGGCUGAGGAGAGGACAAGAAGACAGGAGGAAAAGGCAGCAAAGGAAAUGGCAGCUCAGGAGAGAAGAAAAGCUCUUGAAGCAGAGAGGCAGGCUCGUAUGGCUGAACUUUGUGAGAAGCGGAGAAGACGAUGUGAGCGCAUUGAUCGGAAACAGGCUGAGCGGCGAGAGGAAUUGCUGGAACAGGCAAGAGAGAAAGCAAGAGACCGAGAAGAGAGAUUGUCUGCACUUCAGCAAGCACAACAAGCGAAGGAGACGGAAUUAGUGAAGAAGAUCCAGCAGAAGCAAGAGGAGUCAGCUCGAAGGCAUGAGGAAAAUAUCGAGCAGAUCCGUCAGCGGGCACUUGAGUCUUCCAUCAUGAAGUAUUCCAGAGGCUGUGAUGAUGCGCCCAAACUCAUCAGGUAUGAAACCAAAAAACUUUGCACUCUCUGUAACUCUCUGAUAACGAGUGAAGUAUACCUGUUGAGUCACCUACGUGGCCGACACCACCAAGAGGCCCUAAGAGCACUUCAUCAGGGUGGCGAUAUCUCCAAUGAGGACAGUGAAACUUAUAAUCUCAAGCACAUCAUAGAUGCUCCGGCCAAUAUUGAUGACCCACAGGUCACAAGAGACAAAGAAAGACAAAAAGCCUUGAAGCGAAGAUGCAAAAAAAUCCGCACUCGGAUGACAACAAGAGGCAAGGAGUAUGAGACUACCUUCAAGCCAGCAACGUUGAAGGAUUCCCCCAACAAGUUACGCAUAAUGAAGGCCUUGCAACAAAUUGUCAAGCUCGUUGCAAACCAGGGAUCUGGGCCGUGGCUCACUGCUGAUUUGACUGCCUUAGACAGACCGCUGUUGGAGCUCCUGAGAAUACUAGAGAAGAAAGAGAAGCUUGAUCAGGCAAUGUUCAGUGCACAAAAUGGGUUUGUGAAAUUGAAUUCAGUUCUGAAAGUGAUACUCGAUGCCACGGAACAGAGACCCUGUGUAUUACCUGCCAAAUCCCUUGGGUUCUGUGGACGUGUGCUGCUGGGCGCCUGCAGGAACAAUCCAGACAAUUGCCGCUAUGUCUUAUACUCUAAUUUGGCGGGGACUCUAAUUGAUUAUCUCAUGCAGCGACUGAAUGAAUUAGUAAUUGAAACGACAAGAGUGGGAAGCAAUGGCAGUAUAAACACUAUUGUUAAUCUUCCUUCUGAUGCUGCAAUUGGUGCAAUGUUUGAGGUCCUUGCGGAGAUGGCACAGGUGCUGUGUGACUCUGACUUGAAGUCUGGUUUGUCGUCGCAAGAUCAGUCUCGGAAGGAUCAGGCAGAAACUACAUGGCUAAGAAUACAGGAUGUAGUAAGCUACUGUGUCAGUGUGGGACUGGCAGACAAAAUCUCAUGGUACUUCAGCCAUGUACAGGGACCUCUGGACAAUGAUGUAGGUGUUGUAGAGAUUAUACUUGCUGCCAUGAGGCACAUCUCUGCACUUGCAAAGUGCCUCUCCUUCAGGUCACUGCCUGACGACCCAACACAGCUGAUUGGCACUUUGCACGUGACUGAUGCAUGCGGAGUUGUAAGUCUCCUGUAUGGCCUGCUUUUGCAUCAGGGAGGUAGAUCAUCUAUGGCACAGGCUCCAGCGAAGCUAUCGAAGAUGACAGAAGCGCUUACCAUCGAAGCCACAACCUUACUGCACCAGCUAGCAUCACUGGAUCUGAACAUGUUUCAGGGAAUUUUGGGCAGUGAGGGCAUAUCCCUCGAGUUGCGUCAUAUUGCCAGCUACCUCCUUUGGUACUGCUCCCAUUGGCCAUGUGAUGAUAUUCUGCACAAUGUUAUACCUUUAGUGGGAUUCUUUGCAGUUAACAACAAAGAAAAUCAAAUGGUCAUCCAGAGUGGAGAGAUGCCGAGCGUGUUGCAGCAGUUGUGCAAUCUCCCGUGGCAAUACUUCAGUGAACCCCGCCUUACAGCCGUGCUCUUCCCAACUCUCCUUGCGUGUAGCCUGGGCAACCAUGACAACAUGCUCAUACUGCAGCAAGAAAUGAGUUUCCAGGUACUCGAAGACUUCCUGCACAACAGCCAAGCUUUAGACAAACCUCUUGUCCAUAUUCUUCGCAGAACCUAUGUCCAAGGUUAAGAACGUUAGAGAAUGUAGAAUAUUACAUUUACUUGAAUUUGUAUCUUCUUUACAAAUUUUUAUCUUUGUACGACUCGUUACUUUUUUACGCGAUGGAUGGCUUUAAUGUACAUCCCUAGAAAUCUCAAAUAAUCUCAUGAAACAUAUGUGAUUUAAACCCAUAGAGACUUUUUAUUUAUGUGACAAAACAUAAUAUGUGCCAGAUAUUUCUUUUUUCUGUUUUUGCAAGGAAACAUGGACUCAUCCUACACAAUUGAGAAGGAAUCCCUGGGAUGUUGUGAUAUGUGGAAUUAUUAUUCAGGAAUUCCACUUUGUUAAAAGAGAGGGGGUCUAUUAUACAGGGAUUCAAUUUCAUUGGGAAAGAGAUCCAUGUAUUGCAUUUUAUGCUUUGCUGUAUUUAGAGUAAUGGUUACUCUUUAAGUAAAGAAUUACAUGUUUGUUUUGCUGUUUUAACCCUGAAAUGGGUUGGAAAUUAAAUUUUCUUUUCUUUUUUUCUGCUUAAAUCAGAUUUUUUUAAGAGCUUUGUCAUAAACACUUGCAUUACAGGUAUUUGUUAGUGAUAGGCAUGUAAAGGUGAUAAGAAACAUUCCAAAAUUUCAUGGAGAGAAGUAUAGAUUUACCAAGAGCAAUAGUUUGCUACUUGCAGAAUUCCUAAACAUUUGUUCCUGCCAUAUAUUACUCUCACAGAUAUUAACAAGUGUGCAUUUAUACUGUUACAGCUACAAGAGCUUAAUGUUUCAAUAUGUUAACAUAAUUGACAUUUACUGUUCAUAGAUUUACUGAAAUUAAAUAAAUUUCAGGAUUCA